UUCGUGCAACAUCGGUCCGGCGGUCUGAUGUCUGGUGCUGGUCGUCUGACGCGCUCCAGCACUCGACGAGACGACGACCGCGACCGCAGUCCAGCACUCGGUAGUCGGUACACUCGUCUGCGCUCGGCACUGCAGCAGCAGCUCUCACUCGCCAGGCGCCCGACAGCACGUCGGCUCGCACUCGACGCGUUCCGGCUGUAGGCAACGAGUUGACACACUCGGGGGGGCAUCGCGCUAGCUCACUAUCACCGCCGCCGCCGCCGCCCAACCGUCGCGCACACCUCGCCCCGCGACCCGUUGCGCGUUGCACCGCACACAAGCGCACGCGCGCACAAAACGUUACAUUAUUAUUGUACGUGGGUACUACCGUCGCCGUAACGCGAGCGAUCGUUGUCGAUCGGAUUUUUGGAUUCCGCCUUCCGACCGCCGACGGCCGACAGUCGUCGCGUACUCGCGUGCACUCUGCACACGUCGUCCGUACAAUCGAUAUCGGUCGCCGGGGAUCGCUUGUUUUCACCCCUAGAUUACGAUUUUAACCCCAAUACUUGCCCCCUUGACCCCCUCCGAACAACGUCGAAUUUUAUUUUUUUUCGGCACGCACCCGUCACCGAUUAUCAUUUACCCAUUAUUAUUAUUAUUAUUGGUUAAUUCUCACGGACCGCACACACGCGCACGCACCGACUAUAAUAAUUUAUCAUCGUUAUCAUCGUCGUCCGGCAAUAUCACAAUAAUAAAUAUUAGCAGUUUAAUAUCAUCGAUGUGGACCACGAAACGCCGUCGUUGGAUCUUCGGUAUUAUUAUGGUGUAGCGAUCGUGUUGAUCAGUGAUCGUCGUCGUCAUCGUCGUCGAGCAGGUACGAAAAAAGCCUCGAGCCAUGGACCGAGCCGACGGAUCGAGAAAUUUCGCUGGCAACCCGGACAUCUGUUCGCAAGCUAAACAAAGAGCUACAAUAAAAUGGCUUCUGUCUAAGGCAUACAAUAAUAGAAUUCCAGAAAAUGUUAUUGAGCCAUUUUAUAAAGACCAUGAUAAUCAAGAACAUCUAAAACCACCUUUGGUCCAUUCUUUAGCUAAUGCUGAACUUUAUUGUCUGGCACUAGGAAAUAUAUAUUCUGAUCCAAAUUAUCAUAAUCUUAACCACUGGGGAGUUAUUCAAGCUUUGAAUAAAAAGGGUGUUACUGUAAAUGAUCCAUCAGUAACAGAGACUGUUUUAAUUCAAACAACACCUUUAAAACUUAGUGCUCAUAUGGCAAUAAUGGAAGCUGUUAUGACAUUGUAUGCGAAAGAAGUAGCAACACCUAACCGCGUGAUGGCUGCUAUACAAAGACUGAAUCAUGUUCCUCACAGAACCACUAUUGUAAUGCCUGAGGAUAAUGAAAGAGCUAUUUUAUUAUGGGUUAAUCGUACUGUUGAGGCUUUAAAACAUCGAAUAUCUAGUUCACAAACGGAGAAUUCGUCUGUACCCGACAUUGCUCCUGUGAAUGAUUUCCAUGAAAUGAGUGAUGGUGCAGCUAUAGCAGCAUUGAUAUCUUUUUAUUGUCCCGAUGAAUUGCCUUGGCAGUAUAUUACUGUAUCUAAAGCACCAACAUCUACAGACUGUAUAAAAAAUUUCAGUGUUAUAAAUGAUUUUUGCGAUCAUAGUUUGCCUUUUAGCAUAUUUCAUAUGAGGCCACAAGAUGUAUAUUAUAUUAGAGGAUCUAUGAAAACAAAUUUAAUUGCAUUUUUUGCUGAUUUGUUCAAUGUUUUGGAAAUACAUCCAGCUAAAUGUGUCAGUUUCAAUCAGGGUAGAAAUGAUUUGGCAGACGCAUAUCCGAGGAAUAGCCACGGAGUAGCGCAUAAACGUUUGUUACCUCAAGCAAUUUCUGUUAUACCGGAUCUCCGCAGUAAUUUGGAUUCACAUUCAACAGGGUUUACAGGCAUGGCACAUAACAAUUCUGUGAAAAAAGUUUCAAAUACAAUAACACCUCAACAACCACAAGAAGGAAAAAAGACUAGCCGAUGUAAUGGUGAAGAACAAUUUGUUGUUCAUCGUAAUCGCUCUGUUCUUACACUAAAUUCAAUGUUAAAUCCUAGUAAUGGUGAUGCUAAUAAUGAUGUAGCAGCAGGUAAACCAACUCAUUGGGAAGAUACAAGAAAACAAUCUUAUGCUGGUCGACGCUCAAGAAGAAAUUCAUUUUCUGAAGAUUCACAAUUAACGGUUGAAAAUUUUGGUGGAUCACAAGAUAAUUUACAUUUUCUUGGCCGAAAUCCUGACAAAGAACCGGCGAUUCACGUUGGAAGAAAAGAUAGCAUUAGCAAAGUAACUAAUUCUCACUCUCAGGAAAAUGAUAGUUCUGGUGUUCAUAAUCUAUUACAACACUCCAAUACUAGUCCAGCAAUGUCGAGGGUUUCCAGUGAUGCAUCAAACAAUAGUCAAGGACUUCAACGGAUGUUGUAUGAUAGUUUUGAUGAUGUAGAAUCUGUUGUUCAACCAGUUAUGCCUACUCUUAAGCGCAGUUUGUCUUAUGUUGAUACUACUACACAACCCAUGAAUCCAUCCAGUACUACUACGUGGUUACAACAAAGUUCUUCCUCUGCUGCUCACAGUGAUCACGGAGAUGAUUCUGAAAGUGAUGGUUCUGUUAUGAGUUCCCAAUUGCUCAAUAUAAAAUUAAAAUUAGAAGAAAAAAGACGACAGAUUGAAAACGAUAAACGUAAAAUGGAAUCUCUUAUGAAUAGACAAAGACAGCAAGUAGGAAAAGCUGCAUUUUUCCAAGCUGUUACAAGAAGUAAAAAUGGUGGUAGGAAUUUACAAAGUCCCGAUUCAAACUAUAGCAGAAUGAUGUUUAAUGACGGUAAUAUUUCACCAUCUUCUAUUAAAAAUGCACAGCAGUCUUUUUCAUUUCAGGAUAAUGGGAUGGAAAGUAAAUGGUCUGAUCGAAUGAGUCAAUACACGGAUGAUCGCAAGACACCCGAUUUAGAUCACAUUAAUACAGAAGAUUAUAAUACCCUUUCCAAAAUGCAUUCAAAUUAUCAAGAGAUUCAAGCAGAUCUACAAUGUUUAGCUAAUCAACAAAAUCAAAUGCAACAUAAUAGUUUACAGUCAGAAAUGAUUCAACAUUAUCCAGGUAUCCAGUCACUACAACAAGUUUAUCAAAACACUCAUUCCAUUCACCAACCUCAAAAUUAUUUAAUCAACCGCCAACAAAGUAAUAAUUGUGUAAUGCCUAAUGGACAAAUGAUUCAACACAUGGAACAUAAUAACACUGAUAAUAAUCAACAAUGGCACAGUCUUAUGAAUCACAAUCAACCACCUAUGCCAGCAUUUAAUAAUUAUAAUCAACCACAGCACACACAAUACCAAAAUCAGCAAGGUUAUGUCAACCAAAGACCAGUUUCUUCUAAUACACUACCAAAUCCCAAUGUAUAUUCUCCAGCAGACAACCAUUAUUUGCCACAAGACCCAUAUGAGCAAAUAAUGCCACCUAAUAAGGAAACACAAUCCCAACAGUUUUUCUUACACAACAAUCAACAACAACCACAACAGCAACAGCAGCAACAAAAAUUCAGAAAAAGUUGGGACAUUUCUUCAUCACCACAGACACAUACUUUUGCUCAAGAAUCUCAAAACGUUUGGAAUGGGAGUCGCACAAUACCAAAAUCUUCACAACCAUCGUCAUUGAGUGGGUCGCCACGUCAAAAGUCUGAAUUUGCUCUGUUAAAUAGAUCUGGUGUUAAAACUAGUCCUUCAUCACCAGUUCCUCCUCCUCGUCGUAAUUCCAAUCAUGUUGUUAGCCACUCUCAAAUGCCAACUCCAUCCAUUGACGAUAUGCAACCUCAAAGUAUUUCAUUCAUUGGCAACGAUGCAAAUAAAUCAGAUCUUGAUCUUUCCGAAAGCCUGAAUAGAAUUCAAAUAACAUCUGGACAUAGGACGUAUAGGAUACCAUCUCCUACAAGGACACAUAUGCCAAUUAAUCGAAAUUCCUUCAAUGAUAAUAAUACCUCUAUAUCCAAUACUAGUCAAGAUACAUCAGCAAAUACAUCGGAUAAAGGUUUUUAUGUCUCAUUUGAAGAUGAAGAUGCACCUAAACGACCCAAACCCCCACUGAGAAUGAAAAAAAUUGUGUCAAAAGAAAGGAAUUUGACUCAAGUAUUAAACAAUUCUGUGUCUCUAAACAACUUGGAUAUUUCUCCUAGACAUUUUAAUUCUUCAACAAUUGCCAAGUCCAAAGAAUUAUCUACUCCAGUUAAAUCUGCCUCUGAAUCUGCAGUAUUGCAGAACUCCAAUAGCAAAAUUAAUCGUUCCAAAACUCCAACUUCAACUGGAGUUGAGCUCAUUAUUGAAAACCAAAAUCCAGAUCCUGUGGCUAUUGACGAGAUGGAAAAGAAAAAAGAAAGAAUUCUUUUAUUGUCCUUACAACGGAGACAGCAACAAGAAGAAAUUAAGAACAAAAAAGAAAUCGAAGCACAGAAACGUAAAGAAAAAGAGAAAGAAAAAGAAGAAAUGAAACUGCGCAAGAAAGAAGAAGAAAAACAGAGAAGGGCAGUAAUAUUAGAACAAUAUAGGAUUAAAAAGACAAUUGAAGAAGCCGAAAGAGAAGGGAAAACUAUUGAUAAAGAACUUUUGAACUCGUUGAAAAUCAAUAACAAUCAUACUAUGGGUGGCCCUCCAAGGUUACGGAGUAAAAUGCAGAGUGGACGGCCCCGACCUAAAACUAUACAUGUUGAUCGGAGCGAUACUCCUGAUGGAACAAUGACACCUUCUCGAGGCAAAAAAGGUUCAAUCACAAAUCUUGCUACAUUGAACUCACAAAUUAGACGAGAUUAUUACCGGGGAUCACAAGACUGCUUAGCCGAAACACGGCGAACAUCAACUUCCUCUCUUUACUCAGACUUGACUGAUGAAGGGAAACUUAAUACUCCAAGAAAUUUGGACCGUCAUGGAUCUUACAAAAAUUCUAGAGAUUCUUCUUUGGACAGAACAAAGCGUAAAACAAAUUUUGGAUACUACAAUAGUGCACCUCGUAAAUCCAGUUCUCUCAUGAAUUUGUAUGGGGGUUCGAGUUGUGACCAAGACAGCAUGCUGUACCGGUGCGGUGACACGGACUCGGGUCUAGGACGGGCUACGCCACCAAGGAGGGCCGCAUCGCCGUCUGGUCCAGGAUCGCUACCCGUCCGACGAAAGUUCGAUGACGCUGCAAGUGAGAGCGGUGGUAGUGAUUACAGCGGUCCGAGGCUCUACAAACAACCAGUGACCAAGUCCAACCGUGGUAUAAUACUGAAUGCGGUAGAGUAUUGUGUGUUCCCGGGCGUAGUGAACCGGGAAGCCAAAAAGCGGGUACUUGAGGAAAUCAACCGAUCUGAGGCCAGGCACUUCCUAGUGCUGUUCCGGGACACGGGCUGCCAAUUCCGCGCGCUAUAUCUUUACUACCCAGAGACUGAAGAGGUGGCAAAACUCUACGGUACCGGUCCGAGGAUUGUCACUGAUCGUAUGUUUGACAGGUUUUUCAAGUAUAAUUCGGGCGGCAAGUGUUUCUCACAAGUGCACACCAAGCAUUUGACUGUCACCAUCGACGCGUUCACCAUACACAACAGCUUGUGGCAGGGUAAAAAAGUAAAUUAUCCCAACAAAAAAGACAUGACGCUAGUCGUUUGAUGCAACACCGAAGCCGCCGGCCCGGGCAAUCGUUGUCGUUUGUUUGUUUAAUUUUGUAUUAUUAUUAUUAUUUAGGAUAAAAUAUAAAUACCCGCCGUAUAACUUGUACGGUAUACGAUAUUAUGUUGUUAUCCCGCCGCUUACUACACGCCAAGCGCCAGUGAUUUCUUAACAAUUUUCGUUUAACACAAGUCUUAAUUAUUUCGGCUGUCGUCUAGCAUAAUAGUUAUUAAUAUUUAAAUAAAAAGUAAUUAUAGCCGAAUAAUAACUACUACCUACCUACCUACCUACCUACCUUUAAAUAUAAUAUAUAUUUAUUUAAAUAUUAAUAUAUAAUUAAUAAUACUAUAAUAAUUUUAAUUUUAAUCCUCGCGGAGAUAAAAAAUAUGUAUUGUUGAAAAAUAUUAUUUUGUAUACAUUUACAGCCCCUAUUUGUAUUAAUUGUUGUCUUAUUAAGAAUUUUUUUUUUUUAUAAUCUGUACGUCCGUUGUGAUUUAUUAAAAUUGUAUUAUUAAGAAUAUUAACUAACAUAUGGAUAUUUUUUACUCAAACCACAUGUUGCGUGCGUUCUGGUUUACCUAUAUAUUUAUAUAUACAUAUUGUGUGAGUGUGUUGCAGUAGUAUUUUUGUGUAAGCAUUUUUAAGAAAAUUUAAAAAAUUUAAUAAUUUUUUUUUCUUUUAAAUAUUUACAUUUAUAUACUUUUGACACUUUGUGGUAAAUAAAAUCGCUAAACCUACGAUUUUUGUACAGUUCAUAAUAUUAGGCAAUGGCGCUGUAAUAAUAUUCGAUAGAUAAUUUUUUUUUCGAUAUAAUUUAUUUUUUCUGAAGAACAAACUAGUUUUGAUCAUUUAUAUCAAUGUUAUUUUAAACCGUUUAUUAACGUGUACAUCUACUUAUGUCUUAUCUUAUUAUCUAUAUAAGAAACGAUUUUAGCGCAUAUCGAACUAUCGUUGCUUCGUACAAAAUAUGUGAAAAUGCGCGUAUUCACGAGCUUCUUUGUAAAUGUGUUUUGUUUUUUUUUACUUAAUUAAAACAUUGAACAUAAGUAUAGGUUUAAACAUUACACUCGUAAUUUCACCUUUAUAUUUGCAUCGGAGUAUAUAUUAUACUAUGUUAUUAUUAUUAUUGAGAUAUAAUAUUUUAUAACAGUCAGUCGUAUACAUUAAAGAUCACACAAUAAUAAUUUUUAAUCAAAAUUAAUGAAAAAAAAAUAGAAUAACAAAUAAAUGAAAAAAAAAUUGUUAAAACACCAUUAUUAUUAAUUAAUAUUAUUAAAUUAUAUUAUUCCCAAAUGAUUAAUACCAAAAAAAAAAAAAUGUAUAAUGUCUUCAUUUAUAAUAUUAGUAACCAACUAAAAUUGAUUUAUUUAUUUAGUAUAAUAGUUUAUUUUUUAUUCAUUUUAAGUUUAUACUCUAAGAUCUGUUUUGUUAACAAUUUGUGCCAAUUUGUAAACAUUAGUAUUUUUUUUAUGUUUUUCCUUUUUCCCUUUUUUUUUUUUCUUAAGUAUUUUUACUAUUUUUCUUGUCAUUUACUAUUGUUACAACUACAACUACAACUACAACUAUUUACUGCUAUAUUAUUACUACUAUUUCAUUAUAUAUUUUCUUGGAAUUAAUGUGUAUUUAACAUACACAAAUCAUUGAUUAUUAUUUCUACAUGUUAAAUAUUGUUUCAUCUCUAAACGAUGUAUAUUAUUAUGUCAAGCUAUCAGAAUGGUGCGGUUUGUAAUUGUUCUGUUCAGUUUUAUUUUUUUAUUUAAUUUUUUUUAUUAUUUAUUAUUUUUUUAUUAUUAUUAUACAUAUAUAUAUUAUAAAUAAUAUGUCUAUAUAUGUAUAUUUAUUAAUUUUUAGCCAUAGUCUUAGAGAAACUGACAAAAAUGCCGAUUAAAAAAAAAUGAUUGUUUAUUGUUUACAACAGGUACAUUUUAAUAUUUGUAAUAAUAAUAAUAAUAAUAAUAAUAUUAAUAGUAAUAAUUAUUAUUUUAAUACAUUGUUUAUGUUCACUAAAAACCUUUAAUUAACAGCGUUACACCCAAUGAAUAUAAAAUACUAUAUUAUAUUAUAUAUGUUGUGUUGUUAACUUACGAUUAAAUUGUGAUAAUAUACUAAGCUUUUUUUCUUUUUCGUAA